AUGACUACUACUACGACUACUUCAGGGCGGCCGAGACGAGCCUGUGAGAUUUGUAAGCGCCAGAAGAUCCGUUGCUCCGGAGAGAGGCCUAUGUGCGAGCGAUGCCGUCGACUUAAUCACAGCUGUGUCUACCAGAAUGACAGGGCACCAGGCGGGUCGAAAAGAAAACCUCGGCAAGGUUUCAGCAUUGGUGCAAGUGGCUCGCUCCCAUUUGCAUCCCGCCCAUCAUCGCGAAGCGAGAGAUUGGCCUCUGGCAUGAGCGAUGCAGACCACGUCAAUAAAGUGGUAGAAUCGACAAAGGUACUGCGAGAGCCAGUACUUGAAAGAUCUUAUGAGCUUGCUGUCCCUGGGCCGCUCGUUGUGAAGCUGAUUGAUGUGUAUUUUGAAAAUGUUUACAAUGCAAGUCUGCUACUUCACAAAGGACACUUUCUCGAGACUCUAGCAGCAGGAGUAGCUCGCCCGCAUGUCGUCCUGAGCGUCUGUGCCUUGGCAUCAAACUACUAUCGAGAUGAAAAUGGUCAUCAUACCUUGAAAGAUCAUGGAUUUAUGAUUGAAUGGGCUCGACGUGCCGGUAGGAUUGUUUUUUCGGACGUCGAAAGCUUCCAUGACGACAAUUUAGUCACCUUCGUGAACUUGAGUCUGUUCUGGCACAGCCAAGGUUCCUGGAGAACGUUCUAUCUUCACAAAGGCAAUUCACUCAACUUGUUGGUCAUUUUGGGUUUGAGACCUUGUUCACAACCUGACGAGGAUCCGUGGGUGGCUGAAUUACGUCGACGUCGCCUCUGGGCCUGCUAUCUCAUGCACUGCCAGAAUUCGGAAAGUCCAUCUCGAUUUCCCAUCGCUGGAAUCGAGGAUCUUGAGUUGCCAUGGCCAGAAAAGGAUUUCAAUGGAAUGGUCAGUCAGUACAGAGGUCUUCCGGUUACGCUACGUUCUGGUGGAUGCUCUGGGAGCAUCUGGUCAAAUAUCAUCAGGGCAAUGACUCUAUGGUCCUCCGUGGUCAGUUUCAUCAAAAGUCCCGAUCCAGAUCUCAACGCAAAGGUGGCUAGAAUUCAGGUUUUAGAUGAGGAAUUAUCCCAGUGGUGGCAAGGCAUUCCGGAUGACCUGGUAUUGACACCAUCAAACAUUGCGAAAGUUCAGAAAGAUCAAGUUCCGAACAUCCUCUUGCUCAACGUCGUUUACCACCAGUCACUUUGCGCCUUACAUUCGUCCAUUGUGCCUCUUUUCUCUUGGGGCGAAGGCGACGUGUCUUGCGCCACGGCCAGGCAGAUCUCAGCGCAAGAGGCCUACGAGCAUGCUUGCACCGCUUCCGAACUAUUUGAUGCGGUGCUUUCAGGCUAUGACGGGGUCAGUGCGAUGCCGAGCUUCAUCGCAUAUGCUGCAUACUGUGGUUGCGCGAUCCAGAUCCCCUUUAUGCGGAGCUCCAAUUAUUCAAUCGGGAAAAGGGCUCGAGCAAAUGUCGGCGCCAACGUGAAAUUGUUGCAGAUCAUGGCAAGCUACUGGAGAUUUGCAUGUUUAUUGAGAACCUACUGUCGGUGGCUGCUUGACCGGCACCUGAGGAGCCCUACGGUACUCGAGAGCGAGCCGCGGUUUGUCGACAUCGAGAAGCUGACCAGCUUCGAGGGAAAUUCUCCUUACACAAGAGCAUCCAUCCUUGAAUCUAUUGGCGUGCUUCACUCAGGAGACCAUGGUUAUGCCCUUCCAGGCAAGGAGAUGGCCGCUUUCGCGACUGACCAACAUGGCGGUGAAAGGGGCCUUGCCCCUGACCUAUCCGUUCAUGAUAACUCGGAAGAUAUCUCCUCUGUCCAAAACCGCAGCGACCUAUCUGAGAACGAUCGGAGUGAAGAAUACUCAGCAUCAGCAGGAACAAUAUUACCCUCGCUACUACAGAAUCAACAGCAGUUCCUGGAACACGACAAAACACCACCACAAUGCAGGUCAGAAGAGACUUGCUCACAAACUUUUGCGGAUCAGACGCUCGACAUCUUCCACGCCGGCCAUGGUCCUCAAUUCCAAAACUUUUUCCCGGACGACGACAUGCCUGAUCUCUCGAUAUUUGACCCAAGUUCGUUCAACUUGGACUGGCAUGACCUGAAUCCCUUGGACAAUGGCGGUCAUUUUACUAUGGAAUACUAA